AGGUAAGGUGUACAGGUGCGGUCAUGGCGGAGGCCGUACUCAGCCAGAUUUCCGGCGACUUUCUGGAGUGUACGAUCUGCCUGGAGCCCUAUAAGGACCCCAAGAUCCUACCGUGUGUUCACACCUUCUGUAAGGGCUGUCUGGAGAAGUUUGUAGCGAAAGAAAGUAAAGUAAAGGACAGGUUUCCGUGUCCAACAUGUCGGAUCGAAACUGCACUUCCGGAAGGCGGUGUCGCCGGGCUCAAAAACAACUUCUUUGUCCUGAGCUUGAGGGACACCGUCGACGCUCACAAGAGUUUGGUUAGCAAGGAGGAUGACAAAGUGACUUGUGAUAACUGUGAAGAACAUGUGGCUAAUUUCGGCUGUGUUGUCUGUGAAGAGUUCUUGUGUGAAGAAUGUGCUCGAGCCCACCGUCGAGGCAAACGUACACGUGACCAUGAAGUCAUCGGCGUGGCGGAAUUAAAAGAGCAGCUGAUCACCAAGACGUCAUCGGUCAAGUCGAGAUCACUGCCGAUGUGUCCAAAACAUGAAGACGAGAAGCUGAAGUUCUACUGUGAGACGUGCCAGAGCCCCAUCUGCCGAGACUGCACGGUACUGAAACACAAGGACCACAAGUACGGCUUGCUGGCAGAUGUUGUGGGUGACGUCAGGGCAAAGAUCAAAGACAAACUCGCAAAUGCCAGGCCCAAAAUCGUGGAAUACCGAGACGCUGCAAGUGUCACAGCCACGAAACAAGCAGAACUGGACACCAGGAGUAAGAAAGCUGCAGACGACAUCGAUGCAGCUGCGGAGGAAGAGAUCAAGUACUACACUGGCCUUGUCAGACGCAAGCAGACUGAACUGAAAGAUAAGUUAGCGGCCGUCACAGCAGCCCGUUCCAAGCAGCUCUCUGCUACAGCAGACAGUGUUGAGAGCACCUUAGGCUGUCUGUCCAGCACAGUGGACUUCUCACAGAAAGUCGUGGAGCAUGGCAGUGACUUUGACGUCAUGAACGUGUACUCUGACGUCACGGUCCGGCUGGAGUCUCUGCUGAAAGGUCCAACCCCAGACAUUCCUGACGACAUCAGUUACGUCAGGUUUGAUCCCAAGACGAAAAGGAAAGAAAAGGAAAUCGUCCUUGGUGACAUUGUCGAUUCUCCUUUCCGAUCUGCCAAGUUGACCACCCUGCGCGCCAGCGGCCGUCUGGGCCCCACUACCCUGGGUACCCACUACAGGGGACAGGACCAUGAACACCUGGUGACGCUACAUGACGGGAUACAACACUUCACUGUACCGGAGACGGGAACGUACAGCAUAGAGGCAACGGAUUCCUUCCGAACUGCCAAGUUGACCACCCUGGGCGCCAGCGGCCGUCUGGGCCCCACUACCAUGGGUACCCACUACAGGGGACAGGACCAUGAACACCUGGUGACGUUACAUGACGGGAUACAACACUUAACUGUACCGCGGACGGGAAUGUACAGCAUAGAGGCAGCGGGGUGGGGUGUGCACAACCCGAAGUCCGCCCGAGGACGGGGUGCCGUACUGAGGGGAACAUUUAACCUCAAACAAGGUGAAACGCUGAAGAUCCUGGUGGGACAAGAAGGUGCUGAGAACAAGAGACAUUGGGGUGUAGGAGGAGGGGGUGGUACAUUUGUCACCAGGGGAGAUCUAGACAACACGCCACUCAUUAUCGCCGGGGGUGGGGGAGGGGGAGGGGCUUGGCUAAAGACCCAUAACCCCCUGUGUGACGGGACUGUGUCCACUACUGGUAACAAGAACUAUGGGGGAUCUGGUUGUAGUGGAGGAUCUAACGGACAGGGGGCGACAGGAUGGAAGGGUAGCUGCAUGGGUGGGGGAGGGGGAGGGCUGCUGACGGAUGGAGGGAGUUCUAAACAGUUAGGAGGCGACAGUUGUGACCUCGGUGGGGAAGGUGGGAAGGCGUUUGUGAAUGGCGGGGUUGGAGGGCGUGGGGCAUAUAAUAAUGCUGAUGGUGGGUUUGGUGGAGGGGGAGGGAGUUAUGGGGGUGGUGCAGGGGGAGGUGGGGGAGGGGGGUACUCAGGGGGAGGGAGGGGAGUGUGUACUAACCCAAAUGGAGGAGGAGGCGGCGGUUCGUUUAACUCCGGUACUGACUCGAGCGGUCAGGGUGGGGCAAACGACGGACCCGGUCACGUGAGGCGUACAGGUGCGGCCAUGGCGGAGGCCGUACUCAGCCAGAUUUCGGGCGACUUUCUGGAGUGUACGAUCUGCCUGGAGCCCUACAAGGACCCCAAGAUCCUGCCGUGUCUUCACACCUUCUGUAAGGACAGUCUGGAGAAGUUUGUAGCAAAACAAGGUAAAGAGAAGGGCAGGUUUCCGUGUCCAACAUGUCGGAUCGAAACUAUACUUCCGGAGGGCGGUGUCGCCGGGCUCAAAAACAACUUCUUUGUCCUGAGCUUGAGGGACACCGUCGACGCUCACAAGAGUUUGGUUAGCAUGGAGGAUGACAAAGUGACUUGUGAUAACUGUGAAGAACAUGUGGCUAAUUUCGGCCGUGUUGUCUGUGAAGAGUUCUUGUGUGACGAUUGUGGGAGAGUCCACCGUCGUGCCAAACGUACACGUGGCCAUGAAGUCAUCGGAGUGGCGGAACUAAAAGAGCAGCUGAUCACCAAGACAUCAUCGGUCAAGUCAAGAUCACUGCCGAUGUGUCCAAAACAUGAAGACGAGAAGCUGAAGUUCUACUGUGAGACGUGUCAGAGCCCCAUCUGCCGAGACUGCAAGGAUCUGCAGCACAAAGACCACAAGUACGACUUGCUGGCAGACGUUGUGAGUGACGUCAGAGUAAAGAUGAAAGGCAACCUGGCUACUGCCGGGGCAAAAAUUGAGCAAUACCGAGACGCUGCAAAUGUCACAGCCACGAAACAAGCAGAACUGGACACCAGGAGUAAGAAAGCUGCAGACGACAUCGAUGCAGCUGCGGAGGAAGAGAUCAAGUACUACACUGGCCUUGUCAGACGCAAGCAGACUGAACUGAAAGAAAAGUUAGCGGCCGUCACAGCAGCCCGUUCCAAGCAGCUCUCUGCUACAGCAGACAGUGUUGAGGGCACCUUUGGCUGUCUGUCCAGCACAGUGGACUUCUCACAGAAAGUCGUGGAGCAUGGCAGUGACUUUGACGUCAUGAACGUGUACUCUGACGUCACGGCCCGGCUGGAGUCUCUGCUGAAAGGUCCAACCCCGGACAUUCCUGACGACAUCAGUUACGUCAGGUUUGAUCCCAAGACGGAAAGAGGAGACACGGAAAUCAUCCUUGGUGACAUUGUCGAACACCAGCCCUGCUUUCAGUUGACCACCCUGGGCGCCAGCGGCCGUCUGGGCCCCACUACCCUGGGUACCCACUACAGGGGACAGGACCAUGAACACCUGGUGACGCUACAUGACGGGAUACAACACUUCACUGUACCGCGGACGGGAACGUACAGCAUGGAGGCAGCGGGUGCUGCUGCAGGGUGGGGUAAGAACAACCCGAAGUCCGCCCGAGGACGGGGUGCCGUACUGAGGGGAACAUUUAACCUCAAACAAGGUGAAACUCUGAAGAUCCUGGUGGGACAAGAAGGUGCUGAGAACAAGGAGGCCAGCAGUGUAGGAGGAGGGGGCGGUACGUUUGUCACCAGGGGAGACAACACGCCACUCAUUAUCGCCGGGGGUGGGGGAGGGUCAAGGGCUGGACCACAGACUCAUAUUCAUAACCCCCUGUGUGACGGGACUGUGUCCACUACUGGUAACAAGAGUUAUGGAGGAUCUGGUUGUAGUGGAGGAUCUAACGGACAGGGGGCGACAGAAUGGAAGGGUACGUGGAUGGGUGGGGGAGGGGGAGGGCUGCUGACGGAUGGAGGGAGUUCUAAACAGUUUGGAGGUGACAGUUGUAGGUAUGGUGGGGAAGGUGGGAAGGCGUUUGUGAAUGGCGGGGUUGGAGGGCGUGGGAACUGCAAUAAUGCUGAUGGUGGGUUUGGUGGAGGGGGAGGGAGUGAAGGGGCCGGUGGUGGAGGAGGUGGGGGAGGGGGUUACUCAGGGGGAGGCAGGGGAGAGUGCCGUGACCCAAAUGGCGGAGGAGGAGGCGGUUCGUUUAACUCCGGUACUGACACGAGCGGUCAGGAUGGGGCAAACGACGGACCCGGGUAUGUGGUCAUCACCAGACAGGUUCACAUGAGCCAUACAGGUGCAGUCAUGGCGGAGGCCGUACUCAGCCAGAUUUCGGGCGACUUUCUGGAGUGUACGAUCUGCCUGGAGUCCUACAAGGACCCCAAGAUCCUGCCGUGUCUUCACACCUUCUGUAAGGCUUGUCUGGAGAAGUUUGUAGCGAAACAAGGUGAGGCGAAGGACAAGUUUCCGUGUCCAACAUGUCGGAUCCAAACUGUACUUCCGGAAGGCGGUGUCGCCGGGCUCAAAAACAACUUCUUUGUCCUGAGCUUGAGGGACACCGUCGACGCUCACAAGAGUUUGGUUAGCAUGGAGGAUGACAAAGUGACUUGUGAUAACUGUGAAGAACAUGUGGCUCAUUUCGGCUGUGUUGUCUGUGAAGAGUUUUUGUGUGAAGAAUGUGGUAGAGUCCACCGUCGCGGCAAACGUACACGUGACCACGAAGUCAUCGGAGUGGCGGAACUAAAAGAGCAGCUGAUCGCCAAGACAUCAUCGGUCAAGUCAAGAUCACUGCCGAUGUGUCCAAAACAUGAAGACGAGAAGCUGAAGUUCUACUGUGAGACGUGCCAGCAUCCCAUCUGCCGAGACUGCACGGUACUGCAGCACAAAGACCACAAGUACGGCUUGCUGGCAGACGUUGUGAGUGCUGUUAGGGCAAAGAUCAAAGGUAACCUGGAAGCUGCCAGGCCGAAAAUUGAAGAAUACCGAGACGCUGCAAGUGUCACAGCCAAGAAACAAACAGAACUGGACACCAGGAGUAAGAAAGUUGCAGACGACAUCGAUGCAGCUGCGGAGGAAGAGAUCAAGUACUACACUGGCCUUGUCAGACGCAAACAGACUGAACUGAAAGAAAAGUUAGCGGCCGUCACAGCAGCCCGUUCCAAGCAGCUCUCUGCUACAGCAGACAGUGUUGAGAGCACCUUAGGCUGUCUGUCCAGCACAGUGGACUUCUCACGGAAAGUCGUGGAGCAUGGCAGUGACUUUGACGUCAUGAACGUGUACUGUGACGUCACGGCCCGGCUCGAGUCUCUGCUGAAAGGUCCAACCCCGGACAUUCCUGACGUCAUCAGUUACGUCAGGUUUCAACCUAGCAGGGAAAGAAAAGAAACAGAAAUCAUCCUUGGCGACUUUGUCGAUCACCAGCCCUGCUUUAAGUUGACAACCCUGGGCGGCAGCGGCCGUCUGGGCCCCACUACCCUGGGUACCCACUACAGGGGACAGGACCAUGAACACCUGGUGACGCUACAUGACGGGAUACAACACUUCACUGUACCGCGGACGGGAACGUACAGCAUAGAGGCAGCAGGUGCUGCUGCAGGGUGGGGUCUAUACAACCCGAAGUCCGCCCGAGGACGGGGUGCCAUACUGAGGGGAACAUUCAACCUCAAACGAGGUGAAACUCUGAAGAUCCUGGUGGGACAAGAAGGCGCUGAGAACAGGUCUAACUGGGGCGUAGGAGGAGGGGGCGGUACGUUUGUCACCAGGGGAGACAACACACCACUCAUUAUCGCCGGAGGUGGGGGAGGGGCGGGGGUUAACCUACUGACUCAUAACCCCCUGUGUGACGGGAAUGUGUCCACUACUGGUAACAAGAGUUAUAAGAGUUAUACUAGUACUUAUAGAGGAACUGGUUGUAGUGGAGGAUCUAACGGACAGGGGGCGACAGAAUGGCAGGAUGGUGGCAUGGGAGGGGGAGGGGGAGGGCUGCUGACGGAUGGAGGGAGUUCUAAACAGUUUAGAGGCGACAGUUGUAAGAAUGGUGGGGAAGGUGGGAAGGCGUUUGUGAAUGGCGGGGUUGGAGGGCGUGGGGUAUAUCUUAAUGCUGAUGGUGGGUUUGGUGGAGGGGGAGGGAGUCAUGGGUUCGGUUGUGGAGGAGGUGGGGGAGGGGGGUACUCAGGGGGAGGCAGGGGCGAGAAUCGUAACCCAAAUGGCGGAGGAGGAGGCGGUUCGUUUAACUCCGGUUCUGACACGAGCGGUCAGGAUGGGGCAAACGACGGACCCGGGUAUGUGGUCAUCACCAGACAGGCUCCAAGUCCUUAUCUGAGUCACAUGAGUCGUACAGGUGCCGUUAUGGCGGCGGCCGCACUCAGCAGCCAGAUUGCGGCCGACUUUCUGGAGUGUAAGAUCUGUCUGCAGCCCUUCAAGGAACCCAAAACCUUGCCGUGUCUUCACACUUUCUGUAAGGUCUGUCUGCAGAACGUUGUACUGCAGCAAGAUGAACUAGACUCGACGGAGUCCAGUGACGAUGAUGAAGAAGAAACCAACAAGUUUCCGUGUCCAAUAUGUCGGACUGAAACUGUACUUCCGGAGGGCGGUGUCGCCGGACUCAAAGACAACUUCUUUGUCCUGAGCUUGAGGGACACCGUUGAAUCUCACAGAACUCUUGCUAGUAAUGACAAAGUGCCUUGUGAUGUCUGUGAAGAAGUGGCUAGCUGCGGCUGUGCUGUGUGUGAAGAGUUCUUUUGUGAGGACUGCGCCCGAACUCACCGUCGUGCUAAACGUACACGCGACCAUGAAGUCAUCGGAGUGGCGGAACUAAGCCAGCAGCUGAUCUCCAAUGCGCGUUUAGUCAAGUCGACAUCACUGCCGAUAUGUCCAAAACAUGAAGACGAGAAGCUGAAGUUCUACUGUGAGACGUGCCAGAGUCCCAUCUGCCGAGACUGUACGGUACUGCAGCACAAAGACCACAAGUAUGCCUACCUGGCAGACGUUGUGAGUGACGUCAGGGCAAAGAUCAAAGACAAACUCGCAACUUCCAGGCCGAAAAUCGUGGAAUACAGAGACAUUACAGAGUUCGCAGCCAUGAAACAAGCAGAACUGGACACCAGGAGUAAGAAAGCCGCAGACGACAUCGAUGCAGCUGCGGAGGAAGAGAUCAAGUACUACACUGGCCUUGUCAGACGCAAGCAGACUGAACUGAAAGAAGAGUUAGCGGCCGUCACAGCAGCCCGUUCCAAGCAGCUCUCUGCUACAGCAGACAGUGUUGAGAGCACCUUAGGCUGUCUGUCCAGCACAGUGGACUUCUCACAUAAAGUCGUGGAGUAUGGCAGUGACUUUGACGUCAUGAACGUGUACUCUGACGUCACGGCCCGGCUCGAGUCUCUGCUGAAAAGUCCAACCCCGGACAUUCCUGACGACAUCAGUUACGUCAGGUUUAAGCCUAGGAAGGAACGGAAAAAAGGGGAAAUCAUCUUUGGCGACAUUGUCGAUCACCCUGGUACUCCGAAGCAAGGAAGAAACCAGACCACGGCCACGUUCACAGCUGUGCAACCCGGAGCCAGACGCCGUCUUGGCCCCACCACUCGAUAUUGUUCCUUCCGAACUGCCACGUUGACCACCCUGGGUGCCAGCGGCCGUCUGGGCCCCACUACCCUGGGUACCCACUACAGGGGACAGGACCAUGAACACCUGCUGACGCUACAUGCCGGGAUACAACACUUCACUGUACCGGGGACGGGAACGUACAACAUAGAGGCAGCGGGUGCUGCUGCAGGGUGGGGUGAGUACAACCCGAAGUCCACCCGAGGACGGGGUGCCGUACUGAGGGGAACAUUUAACCUCAAACAAGGUGAAACUCUGAAGAUCCUGGUGGGACAAGAAGGUGCUGGGAACGUGGUGGUUAGGAGUGUAGGAGGAGGGGGCGGUACAUUUGUCACCAGGGGAGACAACACGCCACUUAUUAUCGCCGGGGGUGGAGGGGCAGGGGUGGGACUAAAGACCCAUAAACCCCUGUGUGACGGGACUGUGUCCACUACUGGUAACAAGGCUUAUGGAGGAAUUGGUUGUAGUGGAGGAUCUAACGGACAGGGGGCGACAGAAUGGAAGUAUAACUGUAUGGGUGGUGGAGGGGGAGGGCUGCUGACGGAUGGAGGGAGUUCUAAACAGUUUGGAGGCGACAGUUGUCAGCACGGUGGGGAAGGUGGAAAGGCGUUUGUGAAUGGCGGGGUUGGAGGGCGCGGGGUAUAUCAUAAUGCUAAUGGUGGGUUUGGUGGAGGGGGAGGGAGUCAUGGGGAUGGUGGUGGAAGAGGUGGGGGAGGGGGGUACUCAGGGGGAGGCAGGGGAGAGAGCACCUUCCCAAAUGGCGGAGGAGGAGGCGGUUCGUUUAACUCCGGUACUGACACGAGCGGUCAGGAUGGGGCAAACAACGGACCCGGGUAUGUGGUCAUCACCAGACAGGCGUAG